AUGUCCACUGGCUCUGCAGCAAGCGAUGCUGAGGACUAUGAGACGUGUUACAGAAGGACAGCGAACCCUUUGGAGAGGAGCGCGCGGAAGAUCACCUGCUAUGAUCCCAGCCCAUAUUCGGACGAGGAGCUGGAGGACGAAGGUGCGGACGGGAGGGUCAAGCAGGAGCGCAGGCUGUCCAGGGCGCAACAGAAGGAGGCGCGACAGUCGCAGAGAAACGCGGCCAACGCCAGGGAGAGGGCGCGGAUGAGAGUGCUGAGCAAAGCUUUCUCCAGACUAAAAACCAGCCUGCCCUGGGUACCAGCGGACACCAAACUGUCCAAACUGGACACGCUCCGACUCGCCUCGAGCUACAUAUCUCACCUGAGGCAGCUUCUGCAGGAUGACCGAUUCGAGAACAGCUUUGGGCACCCAGUCAGUCUGGUAUGA